GCAAGCCACGCUACCGAAAGGUUCUCCCAAUCUCACGCUCGUUUUCUGUUUCAACAACGUCUCCUUGUUUUUAGUUGUUUUUUUUUCGUUUGAAUUCGAAAAGCGUAUCGAAUUUUCUGUACGCUACUCGACACUCCCGAAUUUCUGCCAAUUUGAAUAGAACAAAAAGAAAAAGUUCCGUUAAAUUAAACAAAAUAGUGCGACCAAAGUGCAACAGUUUUUUUUUUUUUUUUGAAAUUAUCGCAUUUAAUUUUUAUCCAGUGGAAAAUUUGAAUAUUUGAUUGAUAUUUGCUAUUUGUGGAUUUUGGAUUGAGAUUCAGUAUUCAAGAUGUUGAAACAUGUUCACUUGAGCCCCUACCGGAGCUCAAUGAUGGGCCAUCACGGAGGUGUUGGUGGAGGAGGCAGCGGAGGAGGACGAAGCGACACGCUCAGCCUCAAUUCGACAAUGAGCUGCAGUUCGUUGAGCAACCAGGAUCCGCUCUCCAGCCGUUCUUCGUCCUACACCAGUUUGAACGAGUCGUCUCAUCAUUUGCCCCAGCAUCCGCCGUCGCCAAUGACAACUGUGAAGAUCUACUGCCGAUGCCUCAGGCCCGACAUUGAGUACAAGACGCUGGUCAUCAACUACCAGACAAGCUGCAAGGAAUUGAUCAUGAUACUACUCAACAAAGCAAAGAUGAAGCAUCGCGAUCCCAAACUUUUUUACCUCACGAUGGAGGUUGGAGUACGCAAAUCAGGAGCUCCGGUGAGGACUUUACUGGUACUCGAUGAUGAUGCGUGCCCAGCAGAAUUGCAGGCGUGCUAUCCGCGAGGCGGUUCCAGAUUCUCCAUCCAGAUGAGACGAGGUGGCCUCGUCCGCGUUCACGACAGCGUCCUCAUGCCAAAUUCGCAGUACAAAAGUCUUUUGAUAUCGGAACGGACCACCAUCGACGAUCUGAUUGAACUUUUGUUGCGUUGCCAUAACAACAGUGAACGUAUCGAACGCUUUUCGAUCUACGAGGUUUGUAAUAUCCCGGGCUAUGAGCACGAAAGGAAAUUGCAUCCCGAUGAUCUGCCGCUCAAUAUUCAAACGGCAUGGAAGACACGAUUCGAUUGCGGGAACAGCGCCAAUAGCAGCACUGGCACAACGGCAGCACCAAACGCCAAUAUGGCCACUAGCCCUCAAUCCUACUUUUCUUUCGUGCUUAAACGCAAUCCCGACAACAGCGCCCAAAUGGCCAGACGAAGGCUUCCAUGGAGUAAGAGUCUGGACAUUUCGACAAGUGAGAGUUCCUCAUCUGCCAGUUCGACAUCAGACGGAUCGGAAACGGCUCACAUUCCACGAUCCUCUUCUUACCACGACUAUGAAAACUAUUUCUACAUUUGAAAAAAUAUCAUAAGAAAUUAGAAGAAGCAACAGACAAAAUGGGAAGAAAAAAAAAUAAGAAAUUUUAGCUUUAUAUGUGUCGGUGUAUAUGUACAUAUUAAAUUGGAUAUCGCAUGAUUCUACCAAUACUCCAGUCAAUGUUUGCUGACAAAACACAACGGUAAUCUCAAAGAUGAUGUUUAUAUGUAACUGGCACGUUUUUGUUUUUUUUUUGCUAAUCGAUUAUGCAACACACACCCUGCAACUAUAUGUUAUUCGAUGUGCAUCCUAGCGCCCAAAUCGUGUUGAUUUUUUUCCCCUGAUUUAUUCGCGUGUGGAAGAGAUACAAAAUCUGAUUGGCUGAGGCCGAUCAAUAAGUCAUGACAGGUCUAUAUAAAUAUGAAAAGCCACCGUUAUUAAUAAAACAAUAUUAAAAAAAAAAAAAGAAAGAAGAAAACAAAAAAUAGAAUAGUAUAAAUGUUUAUAAAUGUCGUGCUGACAAUUAAUGUGUGCGUGUUUAUGUGUCUAUAUUACAUCCUAUCAUCAACGCCAAUAUACAGAUAUAUUAUUCA